UGCUCUACAAACUGCCUCUGCGUCCGUGCUGUCCAGAUACAAACUCGUUCAUGUCGUUUUGCCUGGUCAACUUUUUUGACAUGGAGUCGCCCACCAAAGAGAUUGAGGAUUUCGAGAACAACUCUCUGAAGUACCUACAAGCGGAUCAGAUUGAGAAGAUCUGGCUCAGACUGCGAGGACUGCGAAAAUAUAAGAAGACGUCACAGAGGCUGAGAUGUUUGGUGAAACAGUUGGAGAGAGGUGAGGCUUCUGUUGUCGACUUGAAGAAAAACCUAGAAUAUGCUGCAUCUGUUUUGGAAUCUGUCUACAUUGAAGAAACAAGGAUGUACCGACGGACCUCCAACAUGGUGGGGCUGAGCUAUCCGCCCAGCGUGAUCACGGCCUUGAAGCAUGUGGACACGUGGUCAUUUGACGUCUUCACACUGAAUGAUGCCAGCGGAGAUCAUGCACUGAAAUUUAUUUUUUAUGAACUUCUCACCAGAUACGACAUAAUCAAUCGCUUUAAGAUCCCUGUUUCUGCUCUGGUGUCUUUUGUGGAGGCCUUGGAGGUGGGCUACAGCAAGCACAGAAACCCUUACCACAACCUAAUCCACGCCGCAGACGUCACCCAGACAGUGCAUUACCUAGUGCUCAAGACCGGCAUGGUUCACUGGUUAACCGAGUUGGAGAUCUUCGCUAUGCUAUUCGCUGCUGCUGUGCACGAUUACGAACAUACUGGCACCACAAACAACUUCCACAUACAGGCCAGAUCCGACACAGCCAUACUAUACAAUGACCGUGCCGUACAGGAGAACCACCAUGUUAGCGCUGCAUAUCGCCUCCUGCAGGAAGAUGAUGAAAUGAACAUCCUCUACAAUUUGUCGAAAGAUGACUGGAGAGAAUUGCGGGCUCUGGUGGUCGAGAUGGUCCUGGCCACUGACAUGUCCUGUCACUUCCAGCAGAUUAAGGCCAUGAAGAACUUCCUCCAGCAGCCUGAAGCGAUCGAUAAACCUAAGGCCUUAUCCCUGUUACUGCACACCGCUGACAUCAGCCACCCUGCCAAAAACUGGAACAUGCACCACCGCUGGACCACCUCACUGCUGGAGGAGUUCUUCAGACAGGGCGAUAAGGAGGCAGAGCUUGGACUUCCUUUCUCUCCUUUAUGUGAUCGCAAGUCUACCAUGGUGGCCCAGUCUCAGAUCGGUUUCAUUGAUUUCAUCGUGGAACCCACCUUCACUGUGCUGACAGACAUGAUUGAGAAAAUCGUGACUCCGCUGAUCGAAGAAGCCUCACCCUCCGGCCUGGCUGGAUUCAGACGCUCCAGUCUGAAUAACAUCCCGUCGGACGGUAAACGCUCUACUGUGAGAGGCACUGGUUCGGAGGGCGGCACUUCCCUGGACUGCUCCGUAAACGCAGUCGAUUUUAAGACCUUCAAAAGCACCUGGAAUGAGGAAGUGCAUAAAAACAGAGAAAAAUGGAAAGCACAGGCUGCCAAAGAUCUGGAAGAGAAGGCCAAACAGGAAGAGACCGAGGAGAAAGAUAAUGAAACCGACACAGACACAAGACAAGAGAAGGAUUCAAAGACAGAUAGAGAAGCUACAGGCAAUAACGAGGAGCCCACAGAGCAACAGCCCAGAGAGGAAGAGGGCAAUAAAGACCCAGGGGGGGGGAAUGGGGCUCAAACACCAGCGUCCGAUGCCAAAGAGCCCGAGACCAGCAGUGACACGGACAACAGCCAGCGAGCGCACAACGCUCCCACUCGCCGCAAAUACCACCUGGUCAGAUACAGUAAGAAACCCAGUUACUGUGUCAACUCCUACUUGCCCUCCCGCCCGCAGAAAGAGGACAGCAAACCCACAGACCCCCGUAGCAGGGCCAGACACCUACAGAGCAUCUCUCUGAGACAGGGGAGGUGACUCCAUCUAUAGCACACACACUUCUGUCUGUUCUGCACUGAUGAUGGAGUUGAGUGAUGCUAUUU